AUGUCGUCACCAAUGUUCGGCGUUGCUCUCAUCAAUGGAAUUGUUUUUUCUAUACAAAAUAUUGUGAAAGGAUUAUUUGAUAAUCCCGAUACUUACGUCACACUAUCUAUUACUGGUGCUAUCGCUGGUGCUUCACAAUCGAUCAUUUGUUCGCCUAUAGAAUUAGUCAAAACUCGUCUUCAAAUGCAGGGCAUUGGACAACAACGAAAGCUGUUUGCACUGUCAACACAUUUAUAUAAAGGACCGCUGGAUUGCUUAAAGAAAUCCUACGAACGACGGGGUCUUCGACAUGGUGUUAUGCGUGGUUUAUCGAUGACAUUUGCGCGUGAUAUUCCAUCGUUUGCAGCAUAUUUUCCAGCAUGGCAAUUUUUCGUGACGAACUUUUCACCAACGGGGCGAGAAGUGGACAUGCCUAUGUACAUGAGUUUAAUUGGCGGUGGAUUCACUGGCAUAGCAGCGUGGACUGUUUCGUAUCCGUUCGAUGUGAUCAAGAGUCGUUAUCAAGCAGCUCGAGAACAUGUUUAUAAAAGCGUUUGGGAUUGUACUGUGAAGUCUUUUCGAACAGAAGGCUGGCGAGUAUUUACACGCGGGUUCGUACCGUGCACACUACGUGCUGUACCGACAAAUGCAUUUACUUAUCCUGUCUAUGCACUUCUGAAACGUACAUUUGACACACCGAUCGACGAUGAUGAGACUAUAUUAGAAAAUACUAAUCAGACAAAAGUAAUGACUAUAACAACGGUUUCACCUCCAUCGAUCAGGUCAUGUGAUUAG